UAUCUUGUCAACCGCCAUUAAACACUACAAGAAGAAGAAUCGGUGUAGUUUUUCUCCAGAGCAGCAGGUGGCGCUUCAGCUUCUCGUCACUGUGAAUUUUCUCUCUGUGUUCAAACACGAGUUAAAGAUGUUCAGACACAUCACGAGCCUUCAGCAGGUCUUUAGACGGCAGAUCUCUGCUAGCGUCAGGAGACAACUAGAGAACAAGGUUCCAAUGAAACAGAAGAUCUUUCAGGAAGCUAAUGGUAUGCCAGUACAUCUGAAGGGUGGACUUGGUGAUACCGUGCUUUACCGCGCUACUAUGGGACUCACAGUGCUGGGAGCAGCGUUUGCUGUAUAUGAGCUGGUAAAGGCAGCCGUCCCUCAGAAGAAUCAAUGAUUUCAACUUCUGCACUUAAAAUGUGAAGAUGAUUUUCUUAGAAAAUGUUUAUACUUUUGGAAAGAAAUAAAGUGUUUCCAAUAAACAGA